AUGGCGUCCACUGUUGAUACCGUGCUUGCCGUCGAGAAGACCGCUGUCAACCAUGUGGAAGAUACCCUGGGCCACGGCGCCGUCAACGAGGCCAGACAGGCUACCGACGAUGAGCACUCGCAGACGCUGAUGCAGGCCUUGCGUGAGAACCGCAAGGCUGUUAUGUGGUCUGUUUUGGUCUCCGUGACCAUUAUCAUGGAGGGAUACGAUACAAUCCUCAUGCCCAACUUCUUCGCCUACCCCACGUUUAUUCACAAAUAUGGACAGGAUUACGGUGGUGAUAUCGGAUGGCAGGUAUCUGCACCUUGGCAGACCGGCCUGAGCAUGGCCAGUACGGUUGGAUGUAUCUUCGGUGGUAUCUUGAACGGAUACUGUGCGUCCAGGUGGGGUUACCGAAUUGUGAUGUUUGUUGCCCUUAUAUUCCUCAAUGGCUUAAUCUUCAUCACAUUCUUUGCCAACUCCGCAGGAGUACUCGUGGCAGGGCAGGUCCUUUGUGGGCUCUCAUGGGGAGUGUUCGCCACCAUCGGACCUGCGUAUGCAUCUGAAGUAUGCCCAACCGUCCUGCGUGGUUACCUCACCAUCUAUGUCAACCUGUGCUGGGCCAUCGGCCAACUGAUCGCCUCCGGUGUCCUCUACGGACUCGUCGAUCGAAAGGACGAAUGGGGCUUCCGUAUCCCCUUCGGCUUGCAAUGGAUUUGGCCCGUUCCUUUGAUGGUUAUUUGCUGGCUCGCACCAGAAAGUCCCUGGUGGCUCGUUCGCCACGAUCGCCUGGAAGACGCAAAGCGCAGUAUCCGCCGACUCGGCGGCACCAAGACCGAAGAACAGAUCAACGGCCAACUGGCCAUGAUGGUGCACACUAUCAAGCUCGAAGCCGAGAUCGAAGCCGGCACCACCUACUACGACUGCUUCAAGGGGGUUGACCUCCGCCGCACCGAGAUCUGCUGCAUGGCCUUCGUCGGCCAGAUUCUGUCUGGUAGCACAUUCGCCUACUCACCUGCUUAUUUCUUCACCCAGGCCGGCCUGUCCGCAAAACAAUCCUUCCAGCUCGGUGUCGGAUGCACUGGAAUUGCCUUUGUUGGAACCUGUUUCUCCUGGUGGCUGAUCUCCGGCGUCGGCCGCCGCACGUUGUUUGUCUGGGGUCAGGGAAUCCUGUCUACAACACUCUUCAUAAUCGGUAUUCUCGACGUGUCCUCAUCCGCAAGCGGCAUUAUGUGGGCGCAGGCCGGACUCUGCUUCUUCUGGCUCUUGACCUAUUCCCUGACUGUCGGCCCGAUCGCAUACGCCAUUGUCUCGGAGACAUCAUCCGUGCGUCUGCGCCCGCUGACAGUUUCCCUCGCGCGCACAGCAUACCAGAUUAUUAACGUGGCGUCGCAAGUGCUGCAGCCAUUUUUCAUGAACCCGACAGCCUGGAAUGCGUCUGGUAAGACUGGAUUCUUCUGGGGUGCCACAGCACUCGCUGCCUUCGUCUGGGCAUUCUUCCGUCUUCCCGAGGCCAAGGACCGCACGUACGCGGAGCUGGAUAUUCUGUUUGCCAGCAAGAUCAAGGCAAGCAAGUUCGCCUCGACUGUUGUCGAUCCCUAUCCGGUUCGGCCUUCUGAGUCGCAGGAGGGUCUUGUGCGUGAGAAGGCACAGGAGCCUAAUGAGCGAAAUCAAUAA